UUCGAUAUUAAAUAUAAAUAUUUAGACGUCUAUAGUAGAACAUUAGCAGAUCUGACUCUAGUAGAUCUGUCUAGAUCUAGUAAACGAUCUCUCUCUAAGUGAAAUAAUUGAAAUAGAUUUAGAAAAUCUAGAUCUAUAGAUAUCUAGACUUUGAAAAGCCUUUUCAAUGCAAUUUUGAGUUCAAAGGCUUCUUUAAUGGAUUUUACUGCUGUUACUGAAGAAAUAGCCCUUGAAGGACUGGAAGGAAUUACUCUCAGUGCUUUAUGGCUAAGACUGGAACACAGAUCAAACUUUCCCAAAGAAAAUCUUGAUGAAGACUCCAAGAAAUACAUAUGGCAAUAUUUGACAGGCUGCAUGGAAUUGGAAUUUUACAAUUUGCCACAACCUCGUACUAAGCUUAAAAUAUUUAAAUACUCCGACUACGUCUCAACAGACUACAACUGCUGUUUGCCUCCUGACACGCCACCUGACAUUUACAACUAUGUGCCCAUAGAAUCAAUGGGAAUUAAAGGAAGCUGUGAACAUUUUAUAACCAGAACACAUGUCACAACAUUAGUGAGAGAUGAAAAUGGCAAAAGUCUUUUGUUGCUGGAGGAAGUGUCUGAGAGAUGGGGUGAGAGUUUUGUAAUAGUUGCCAGCCAACAUCUGAGGAACCUGACAUUGUUUGGACAUUCCUUUAUUCCAUCUGGGCUUAGUUUAGAUGUCUACUGUACACUGGAGUGUAUUGGAAGAGGAAGGACUGAAGGGGAGAUAACAGCUUGCAAGUAUGACAGGGGGCUGUCACGCAUGAAGACAAAGAACUGCCCAAAAACAACUCUUUUUUCAUCAAUCAAGCUUUUGGUUUACUUUGGCUUAGUGGUGAAACAGCCGUACACAUUGAGAUACCAGGCCAUUGAUGGUAUAAGCCAAGUUCGUCUUGUCCACUUGCGUCGCUUCUUCCCCAAUGUGAAUAGGUCUUUGAUAAAAGAUACCUCUGACUAUCUGAUGACCCAGCCUGAGCAAAGAGCAGUACACAGGGUGCUGCUCAAUGACUUGGGUCUGAGUGCUACACAUUUGAAGAAAUUGAAGAGAAAGUACCCAGGACAUAUUGAAUCUGAUCUAUACCUGUACAGAGAACUUCAUCCUAAUUCAUCAGAAUCUGAAUGGAAAACAAAAAGUGGAGAGGAAAGGCGAGUCAGAAUGGUGAAACUGCUUAAGCCUUACAUCCAGGGUGAAGAUGAGGGUUCACAAAUCAUAGAUAGUAGUGAUGACAGUGAAGAUGAGGAUUCUUCAUUCAUCAAGAAUGAUUUGGAUGUUGACGAAGAAGAAGAGGAUGAGGAGAUGGAGGAAGAAAAGAUGGAUGAAUCUGAAAAGGAAAAGAUGGAGGAAAAAGAAACAGAGAAAGUUUUUGGUCACCCAGUAUACCAGCGGCCACUUCUGAAUCAAAUUGUUUUGCUUGUCAGUCAGUCUGGAGCUAGAGGAAUGAUGGUAUCGGAGGUUCGAAGUCAGUUGAAUAUUUCUCUGCUGAGGAUGAGAUAUUGUAUGAAGUUGUUGAAAAAAUCAAACAUGUUGUCCACUGUGGUCAGAUCUCGUGGAAAAAAUAAUGUCACCUUUCUGCUCAUACCUCAAGUUGCUGAAGAGCUCAAAUCAACAAAACAAGAAAGAAAUCUCAAAGAAAUGGUCAUCGACUAUGAGGGUAUUGAGAUGGACAUGAUCAAUACUGAGACGAAUUGCACUCCUGAGACUCUCCAAGAUUUAGAUAAAAAGAUAGAAGAAUUAAAUAUUGUAAUGCUUUUAGACAGAGACACAAGAAAGAAAGAUAAACGACCAAAGAAAGAUAAUGAAAGGAAAAAUUGGAGGAAGCUGUUCUUAACAAAAUUUAUCUCUGAGACCAAAGCCAUCCAUGCUUCUCAUAUUUUAUAUACGGCUCUAUGCAAGCAUGAAGCUAAAAUGGGCUCUAAGGAGACGAUGUGCCGAAAGUCUUUCCGCAAUAUUCUGUUUGAGCUUCAAGAAGAAAAGAAGCUUUACAUUAUUGGAAUUGCUUCAAAAGAAAAACCAGAUAAAAUGCUUCAGCAAAUGAUAAUAGACUAUAGCAUCCCACCUGAUAGUGUUGUGGUGAAAAGGACUUUAUUACUGUCACCAUUAAAUGUCUCAACUGUCAAAUUCAAGUCAGCUGCACCUUCUUCUCCCUACAAUAUUGGAAAAAAUAAGGCUGGACAUAAAAAACCUGAGGUACCAUCCCCUAUCAAACAGAACACAGCACCUGACUCUGGCUUGGCCAUGGUAUCUAUCUGUGACCUGCUUGAGAAUUACAGUCAGUCUGGGACUACACCUACUUCUCCUGAAGUACAAGAAAAUCCACCAAAAAACUACAGGUCAUUUAGCACAAUGGCCAAAUAUGAAAAAGCUGAAUUCCUGCACAAAUAUUUGUUUUAUUUACUGUACCAGUAUGAAGGGAAUGUGGAUGGUUUACCUGAAGGAAGUACAGAUGACGACCAGCCUCCUUUUGUGUAUUUAGAUGUUGAUGAUUGGAGAAGAUAUUUACCUCCAUUGAAAAAACACAAUGUUGCUAUCCUGAGGGAUCUGUGCCAUCCAGGGACAUGUAUGAUGGGAGAUUUCAUUCUAAAUAUGCCACUGGAACUGUUCUGCCAAAUGGCCAGAGGUGCCAUGGAGGUGCCUGGACUUCAAGAGCUCUUGGAUGAUCCAGUGAAGAAACUUUACCCCCUUCGGCUUACGCCUCCUUCAGUUCUAUUCUAUCUUCUGUACAAGAGAAAGUAUAGGGCCAAAAUCAGGGAUAACCUAAUUAGGCUGUGUCAUAUGGGGCUUCUGAGUUUUGGCCCAGUAACUAGCAAUAAGGAACUGGAGUUUAUUACAAUCUUCCUUCACUCCAAGGCCAUGCUACUGGACACCAGGAAGAGCUUGAGAUGCUACCUUAUGACCCGUUGCCCAGAAGGUGAGACCUUUGACAUCUUGAACUUUCACUUCUUGAACAUGGAAGAGGUGGAGCGUUACUGGCAGGAUCUGAGGAGAAUCUGUCUCUUCUCUCAGAUGGGCAGCAGUUCUAUUGAGGACAUCAAAGGCAACCAUGGAACUGUGACUAUUCUAGAAGCACAUACUCCAAAGCCUUUUGAUCAGAUGGUCCAAGAAAACUGGUUACCUGGGGACAGGAGAGGGGCUGCAGGACUAGACAGUUCUCUUUAUGGGCAUCGCAGCAAUAAUUGGAACAUUGAAGGUCUCAAAAGAAAUCUUGGGAUGUCCCUGAUGGUUCAACCCUUAAUAAGCACAGACAAGGUAGAACUUAAAGUGGACAGUGAUCUUGGUGAACCCUCACUUGUUACAGAAAAUGAGAACACCGCCAGUGCUGCCAAGGCCCACAAAGCCUGUAGGUUACAGAAACAGCAGAUGCCAACCUCUCCCACUGACAUGGAUGUUGAUGGCAUACCAAGCUCUAAGGCUAAAAAGCUUCCCACUAAAAGAAAAGCUCUGCCAGCUGCAAAGUCUAUAGCCAAGAAAGCUAAGCGUGAAUAUGAAAAGUUAAGCAAGAGGGCAGUCAAAAAAAGAAAGUUGAUACCCAAAUUAACUAAAGCCAAAAAGCGUAAAAACCGCAUCUUUGACAGCACAGACAAAGCUGCUCUACAACGUCUGAAAAAAAUGAGGGCGUCAUUUACUCCGAUGGAAAAUGGAAUGAUUUUACUGUUUGAGGUAACUAGCUGUUUGCUGUUUCCAAGAGCGCCACAGUGUGUCCAGACAACAUUCCUAAGAGAUAUACUUCAUCAGCUUUUGGAGGAGUCUCGUGAUAAGACAGCCAAUGCAAUUAAGGGAAAGGCAGCACGACUGAUGAAGGAUAAAAGAUUUCGCUGUUACCUAUCCAAUUACAUCUCACAGGCUCUCUCUGAUGAGAAAAUUUCCAACAAAAUCAAAAAUUUGAAGCGACCACAAAUAUUUAGUGAAGAAAUGCAAGGUCAUUUUAAGGAAGUGUUCUUUUUACUGAAAGACAAAUUUGGCUCUCUGUCAACUCACCAAAUCUACUUGCCAUCGUCAUUGUCUGAGCUGAGAGAUGACUUCAUUCUAAACACAACGGAUUACUAUUUAUACAGUACCCCCAAGAUGGAAGAUUCCCGCCUCACUUUAACCAGCAUUAAAACAAUUGUUGUCUGGGAUCUGCUUGAAUGUUUCCUGCAUCUGAAGACUCCCAUACUGAGUACUAAUGUGUUCUUCACCCUGUCCAAAUAUUCUGAUGAAGUAAUUCACAAUGCCUACAACUUGUUAAGAACUCAUGGCAUCAUUAUCAAACUGAAGCGGGCUGAGAAAGACAGAAGAAUUAUAGUGACCAAUAGUUCAGCUUUAUUGAACAGCCACAAAUCUAUGCUCAGACACACAGAGGCACUGAAGUCUCUCAUUCCACCAGAGCUUUUCAAGAACACUGUCUCACUAAUGAACCACUUGAGAUCUGUCUCUCUAAAAAAGUGUUCCAAUGUGUCUGGAGAUGCACUUUCUAAUGGUGCUAGUGGAAAUACUUGUCCUUCUAAAGAGUUACCAAACAACGUUGAAGGUUUGAUCAACCGUGUGACCACCAAAGUUGAGGAAGAUAUUUUUGUGGACAUUGAUUUGCAUAACUAUCAUGGAGGUGUUGUUAUGUGCUUGUUGACAUUGAUGACUAAAAAACAGGGUAAAAUUAAAGUCCACAUUCCAGAUGAGAUGGUCAAGCUUGACGAGGAAGGGCAACAGAAGCUGUUCUACAAGCAGCCUCAGACAAAACUUGCCCGCGAGAAGAAACUUGCAGCAUUAAUGGAAAGUGAUGAAGACUCAAUGGACGAGUGGCCCAGUGAAGAGGGCUCUUCAAUAUACAAAGAGCAAAGAACUGGUAAGAAGCUGGAUACAGUAGUCAAAAAAUCUCAGAAUCCAAGCACAUUCAGUUUGGGCACUGAUGAGGUGAAAUCUGACCAGGAUGAUUUGUCCAGCGAGCUGAAAACCAUUCGUCUGGAGUCUGUGACAAUGACACUUAAGGAUGUGAAAAUCUCUGCUAGCAGUGUUCUCAGUAACUUCAAUGUGUGGGUAGGCUCGGGUUCUCUGCUGACCUUGGCCAGAACUUCUAUCAUUGAGAAACUGGACCUGCUGAUGUCUCGCUGUCUUCUUCAGAGAAACUUCAUCGUGGAGCCUGCAAGCAUUCAGUUGGCUCUCACCUCAUCAGGUGAUGAGGUCAACUCCAUCAGGAGGCCCCAUGACCAUCUCCUAGACCCAAAUGACACUGAAACAUUGCACGCCAGAGAAGAGGGUCAACAUUUUGGCGUAUUUGACAUACUUGACUACGGUCUCUACAAACAUGUCAUUUCUCAUUUGGAAAAGUGUUUCAGUUGUGAGUUUGAUCAAGAUGACAUGGAGGCUAUUCUGAGAGAGAAACUUCCAUCAGAAAAUCAUCAGAAAGCUACAACUCUGCUUAAGUACAUAGACAGAGCAGAUAAGAUAGGAAUAUCUGAAGAAGAACUUGAGGUGAACAUGGCAUCAUCAAGUAUGAAGUUCAAAGACUUGAUGCAGCAGCUGAUCUUUGCAGAUCUGGUUUUCAAGGUUGGUGUAGUUACCAGACGAUUGGUGAGCAGACGUAAUGUCAGGAUCUGGAUGAUUGAAGUGAUAAGAACUCAGCCGGCUGGUACCUUGGAGCCCUGUGAUACAAGAAGUCAGAAUGUUUUGUACCAGUGCAGGCUGUGGCGGAAAUAUGACGGCCAGCUAAAUCACGAGGGCCUGAAGCUGAUCCUAAUCCGUGUUCUGACCUACUUGAUGCUACAUCCUGGCUGUACAGUUUCCAAAGUCUGUUACGAUCUCAACCCAGAUAUUUUGCCCGCGAGCACCAUGGAUGCUAUAGACAUUCUAGAGCUUCUUGACUGUAUAAAGCUGACCAGAGUUGCCAAGAUGAAGUCACCAGACAUGUUCUCAACAAGAGUCAGGAACGUAGCGCAUUCAGAUGAUUUAAUGCUGCAGGACUCUGACAUAUACAUUGAGGUUUUAACUGACGGUCCAGUGAAGCUGUCCUAUUUCUUGGAUUAUGUCGAACAGUAUGCCUCCAAAGUAGUGGAGAGUAGUCAGUGAAUGUCUUGGAGAGAGAGUGAAGAAAUAGGAUUAGUUGACCCUGGCUGACCACUUUGACCAGCUGUUUAAACUCUUGUAUGGAUUUGUUUUCACCUUGCUACAGUCUUGUGUUGCUUUUGUCUGGGACAUUGUCACAGUUCACGUUGUUGGUUUUUUUUAUAAAUAAAGUUAUUUAUAGAUUUGUUUACACAAUGUAUUUUUGUAAAGAAUAAAGUGAAAUAA